UUCACCAAUAUUACAAUUGUGAGCUUCAAAUAUGUGUCUUUGUUUGGAUCUAUUUGAGGAUUAGCAUAAAACCUUCACAACGAGGCUGGUAUGUAGGGUUGUUGUUAUGACUCAUCCCCUCAAUAUGUUGCUUUGUGUUGCGAUUGGCCCUGUUGGCUUCUUCCUGGUGUGUCACUGGAUGUAGCCGGCCGCCAUGUGGUUAACCUACUUUCAUACUAUUACUUGUUUUGUUCACAAUGCCACUUAAGAGCAAGCAUGAAGAAUUAUGUUCUCGAAGACUGCAACAAAAAGACUAACUGGAUGUUGUGAAUCUAUUAAUCAUCUACUUUUUUAUUUUAGCAAUGGAUCCUACGUUUUAUAGAUUAACUAGUCAAGUGGAAAAUGUUUCCUGCCAGUAAGUGGAAUGUUUCUGCUCCAUUUAGCUUUGCUAUAUGUUUUGUUCAAACAAUGGAGCACAUGAGUCGUGCCCGCAGUCGACAGCAUGCCAUGGACUCUUUGGUUGUUUUGAAAUGUGAAAUCAGUUGGGAUGCAAUGAAUUGGAUUGGCGCUUGAAGUGGAUACAUUUUCUUGUGCUAAAUGUGCAAAUGGGAUAAUAUGGGUCCUUCGGUUGAGGACACGGUGGAGGAUUUACAGACGAUUCAACGGUCCUUAUGGGAACUCCACAAUCUCCUCGCAAACAUGCCAGAUGACAUGCUGGAGGACAGCAGAGACUCCUCCUGCACAGAGCAGGAAUUGAUAAAUAGAAAUGCUGAAACCAGCCCACAGUCCAAAUGGACUCAACAGCGGUCAGAUCAUCCCAGGCCAAAUUCUCAUGAGCAGAGCUAUGAAGAAGACUACGAUCAUCAUGAUUUUACUUAUGAAGAUGGAGGCGUUCAGAGCAAUGGUCAUUCUCAACCUUCGGCUCAUAUCUGGAACCAGCAUUCAGAUUCUCAGUUCACCCAGGAAGACUGCACCCAAAACAGCAUGGGAACAGAACGAUCUUCAGAAGCCAAUGGUUUCUCCACAGAUGAUCCAUAUGAGCUACACCUUCGUGCUAAUAACAUUGUCAACUGCAACGGAGAUGGAACUAGUGACUGUAAUAAUCCCAGAGUGCAAUCUCAGCCUGGAGCAGUGGAACGACGUGCGGAUGAUUACCAGGUCAGCUACAAUCCUCACGGCCCUCCACGUCAGAUGUUGAGCUCACAGGCUACACAUCAACAGCGUCCAUUCGAUCAACUACAAAGAGAAUUCCUUGACUCAACACAGCAAACUGCUGAGAAAGAGCAGAUUACCCAGUUGCAGAUAUUCAACGUAGCUCUUAAAAGGCAAAAUGAGGACUUGGAGCAAAAGUUUGAGGAUUCAAAGCGCAACACGAGAUACCUUGAGCACCAGUUGGCAAUUGCUAAAGAUCAGAAAAAUGACCUUGCCGCGAGUCUUAAGGAAUCGACUCGACUCCUGGGGGAGGCCAAAGAGCGGGAGCUUCAAAUGCAAAGCAAACUCAAGACGAUGGAGCAGCAAAUACAAACCUUGAAUGAGCGAGACCAGGAGAACACAAAGAAGCAGCGGGUGGCCGAGGCCGCUGUUGACACUAUGAAGCAGCAGAUGUUGGAGCUGUGUCGUUCGGACACGCUGUCCAAAUCACGUAAGCAGCACGACAGAGACCUCGCCGUCAUCAAGGAGCAGCAUGAGGCCGCGCUCUUGCUUUUACAGCAGCAGCUUGAUGCUAAGUCUCAAGCUAUGGAGGAACAGAUGGAUACUAGUCAGAAGUUCCGUGAGCAGGUGAAACAGUUGGAGCGGCAACGGGAAGAAGAGCAACUUGAGCGAGCCAGAGUGGUCAAUGCUCUCACCCAGAGUCUGGAGAAGAGUCAGCAACAAUGUGCCAAGCUCUUGCAGACGAGUUCUGUGCAAGAAAUGAGUCAAAUCCAAAUCAAACUACAGCAGGCUCAAACGGCCAAGGUUUUAAGUGACAAUAUGAACAGAGACCUACAGGAGGAUCUUGCUGACUUGAAGGAGCAGAUCAUGCUGUAUGAAUCUGCUUUAAAACAUGGCGUUAUUGCAUUAGAGCCCAACUGGGACUGCCAGAACCAGCUCUCUGAAUCCUGUUUGGCGUUAGGCUUUAAGAAAACCAAUGGUUCUCUCCGCAGCGUGGCCCUGGCCACCCUGUCAGACUCGCAGCUGCCUCAGGAUGAAGCUUUGCGCCAACUGCAAGUGGAAAUGCAGCGCUGCUUGGGGAGUUUAAAGAGCAAGAGGCAGAAGAUCAGUCACCUGCAGGAGGAGCUUCAACAGAGUCGGGCCCGGGCAGACGAGCUGCAGAACCAAUUAGACGAAGCCAAGCUCAGCUCAUCGGUUAGACAAUCCAUCCAGGUAAAACAUCCAAACUUGACUGCAGAGGACCAGAAUGAGUUAGUGAAACUCCAGGAAGACAAAGAACGCUUGCAAGAUCAAGUGGAGGGGCUGCAAAGUAAAAUUGCAGAGCUGCAGCAGAGUGAGGAAAAGGUCCGUUCUGCCAACUCAGAGCUCUGCGUCAAGACGAGAGAGAUGAUUCAAGAGUUGCACCAGGAGAAGCAGGCGGCUGCUCAGCAAUCCGAGCGGAUUAAUCAGCAGCACAGGGAUGACGUGGUGAAACGAGUCAGGACGGAGCUCAUGCUGCAACACAACGAUCAGCUUGAACGUCUGACGGCACAACACGAGCGACAAAUCCAAGACCUAAACUCUCAGCUCUCUGAGGCCAGUGAUAAGGUGUUGGCUGUGCAAGAGUGUUACAUAUCUGUCUGCAAGGAAAAGGAAAUCUUGGAGGAAAGCAUCAGAAACAAAGCCACGGAGGAUGCACUGAGGAAAGAAAUUGAGAAAAAAGGGGAGAGCAGCACAGAUGUGGAGAAACUAAGGACUGAGCUAGAGGUGCAGCAUCAGGCCUCCAUCGCCCAGCUCAAGGCUCUCUGGUCCAAGGAGAAGGAGGCUGAGAUCCAGCAGCAGGUGAAAUCUCACAUAGCCUUGGCCAAGGCUGCUUGGGAUGAAGCGCGACAUCAGACGGAGAAGACUUGGGCUCUGAAGCUGGAGGAAGCCAGGCAAGGAAAACAACCCGAGACCUCUGAGGCAACCUGUCAGACAGAGGAGACGGAAGCAAACGCUUUGACCGUCACCGUCAAGGAGUUGGACUCCAAACUCUGUGCCCAGAGACAGCAGCUGCAAGCGGAAGCUGACAAAGUCCAACGCCGAGCGGUGGAAGAAGCCAGGAAACAAGUCCAGAUGGAGAAUCAGGAGAAACAUCUCCACGAUUUGGCCAAUAAGGUUGAAGGAGCAGUAACCAGGGCCUAUAACCGCUGGAUUGAAGAUUUGCCUUCAUUGCCGCAAUACCAAGCCUUGCUCCAAAGAGAGAAAGAGAAAUGGGAAGAGCUGCAAAAACAAGACGUGGAACAAAAGGUAUCGCAGGCUCUGAGGGCAGCAGAGGCGGAGUGGCGCAAGCAGCAACAAGACCAAGGUCAAAGAUGUGGUACGACUAAAGAGCAAGAGGUGGUGGUGACUCUCCAGACUCAGCUGGAGCAGUUACGAAGAGAACAAGCCGCACUGUUGGAGGCUGAACUUGCCGGAGCCAGAGCAGCCUGGAAAAGAGACAAACAGCAAGAGAUCUCCCUUGUCCAAACUCGCAGCGAGCAAAUGUACCAAACCAAACUCCAGGAGCAGCAUAAGAAGCAGGAGAUAGCUCUGCUGCAGACCCUGAGGGCCAGAGAGGAUGAGUGGAGAUAUCAGCAGGCUGAGAAGGAACAAGCCCAGAAGCGACAGAUGAGGGAAGAUUUCCUCUUGGAGCUUCAAACUGCUCUGGCGGAGGUCCAGACGCAGCUUCUCGGCACUUCCAGGACUGAGCAGCAGAGUUUCACAGAGCGCGUGAGAGGCCGCGUGUCAGAGGGCGCCGUAACGCACGUGAUUCAAACUUGCUGCAUAGACAUUGUUGACAAAGCUGUGUGCCAGGCCAAGAAGGAAUGGAAGAAAAUAAGUGAGGCUCAGUUGAGCUGUGUGCUACGAGAAACGCAAGAACAGCACGAAAGAGAAAUCAACAAAAUGCAAAGCUCCUUAGCCCAGAGUGGAGGGCAGGUUUGCAGCAGGAAGGAUUGCGCAGACACCGCCAGUAAACUGGAGAAGAAAAACCAGGAGCUUCAGAAGCACUUGGCAAAAGCUUGCCGGCAGUUCCAGCACAGCGUCAGAGAACACAAAACAACCAUACAGAAACUCAAAGACGAACACGAGCGCCGAUUACAAAAGGCAAAUGAGGAGCAUCUGCUACAACUGGAGGAAGCGAAGCGAAGCAAAGAAGAUGCUGGGUUUGUGAUGCCUUCAAAUCAUCAACAAACUCUUCAAGAGGGCCUGGAAGAAAUGAAGCAGCAAUACUUGACAAUUGUUGAAAAAAUAAGAGGAGACAUGCUGCGUUAUCUCCAAGAAAGCCGCGAGCGAGCAGCUGAGAUGAUCCGCACCGAGGUGCUCCAGGAGAGGCAGGACACGGCCCGCAAAAUGCGACGCUAUUACCUGACCUGCCUGCAGGAAUUGCUGGAGGACGACGGGAAAACCACGGGCAGGGCUGAAAAGAAAAUAAUGAAUGCUGCCAGCAAGUUGGCGGCCAUGGCUAAAGUACUAGAGACACCUGUGAAGAAUAAAUCUGGAAAGAACCACGCUUUACCAACUGGCAUCACGGUAAUGUCCACCACUGGGCCUGCCCCAGCAAGUAAGACAGACUUUUUGAAGAACCCGUCAUCUGGACCACUUGACAAAAGAACGGAGGAUAGAACCCACAGGAAAAAGUUGUCGGGUUUGGAGCAAAAAACAACUCGGGCGCGGACUAAACUUGUGAACAACCAGGACUCGGCAGAUGCGCAACUCUACCCUCACAAAGUGUCCUCUUCAUGCUCUGCUCCUUUGAGGAGCAAAAAUAGGGAGGCGUACCUGCAGGGUGGACAACCGGGAAGCCAUGCGGACACGCCAAACGAACCCUGUGUCACGCAGGAUUUCCCAGUCAGGGAUGAUAAACGCACUAACUGGAGCCUGAGCAGCAGUGACUCAGACAGCCACCACCUCCCUCGAGUGUCUUACUCGGGGAGGAAAGUAGAGUCGGUGAAGCCGUUCUCAGUUUCUGCCCCUGACUUCAGCCAGUUUGAUCAGCUCACCCCGGACACGUCUGACUUGACGGUUUAUAAUGACAUCGCCCAAGAGAAUUGGACUCAAACCCAAACGUCAGCCCAUCAAGGGAAGCUGAACACAAAGAGGGAGCCCGUACUGGGCUCAGAGGGAGAAAAGCUGAGUGGGCCUCUGUUCUCGGAGUUGAGACGAUGUCAGCAGGACAGCGGCUUUGACAGCCCGUUUAACCAACCAAACUGACAGUGACAAAAUGUGUCCAAAGGAAAACGCUGUUGAGCUUCUACAUUUCAAUUCAAAACCAGGUUUUCAGAAAGUGGCUAUAAGUGUUUAUAUCAUUGAGCUUUUUUUAUUUUCACUCAAUGUUUCGACAGGUCAAAAUUUGCACACCAACUUAUAUUUAUGGAUGUCUCUUGCAAUAACAGAAAUUCCACUCAUUGCUCUUUUCAAAUCUACUGUACAUUUUUUUUAUAUAAGAGAUUGUUGUUUUAAAGUAUUUUUUAUAUUUUCUUUUAAUAAACAAAUGAACUGGUUUACACAAAGAUAA